GGCUUCAGGACCUCAGUCUGGUUCAGGAAGACGUUCCCGUCCUCCGUCCGUUCUUCAUCAGCGUGGUGGAGGAGUCGGAUCUGUCCGGGGAGGAAGACGAGCUGCGGCACGCUCAGCAGCUGCUGAAGGAGUACGAGAGGAGAGAGGGAGUGGCGGUGGCGGAGCUGGAGGGCGGCGAGGACGGUGGCGGUGGCGGGCAGGAGAAGUACGAGAAGACGAAAGCGCGCCACGGAGACGCCAUCUUCUCCAAGUUCAUGAAGAAGAUCUCGCUGUGUCCUCAGCAGAUCCUGCGGUACUGUCGCGGCGGGAAACCGCUCUUCAUCUCCGAGCCGCCGUCCAACAUGGCUCACGUGGUUUCGGCGUGCGGCCACUGCGGCGGGUCCAGGACGUUUGAGCUGCAGCUGAUGCCGGCUCUGGUCAGCCUGCUGCAGAGGAGCGGCGGCGGCGAGGCGGAGCUGGAGUUCGGGACGGUGCUGGUUUAUACCUGCGCCAACAGCUGCUGGACUACAGGAUCCAGAUCCGCUGUGGAGGAGUUCUGCUUCGUUCAGACAGACCCGGACCAGCAGCUCUUUAAAUGAGCGACCAGGGUCGAGGAUCAGUCGGAUCCUGAUUGUCCUGAAUCCGUUUCCUCCUGGAGGAUUUACAGACGCAGUAACUGACUGAAGAGUUUGUCUCAAAACAUUUAAAAGUUCACUUUCAGCUACAAAUUUUACCAAAAACUCUCCUAAUAAAUCCCAGUAAACUCCU